UUAAAUUCUAAUUAGAGAUGCAGGAAUCAAUGAUAGGGAGGUUGGACAGCUCAGUUCCCCAGUGCCAGCCCAAUAGACGGAUGAGUUAUUGUCAUGUAAAAAGCGCCAGCAAUAAGACCAACCGCUUUGCUAUUGUCCAAGUGGAAAGAGCCAAGUUUAUUAUGAGGACUAUAUGCUCUAGAGACCUCAGACAAGGCAUCUCAUAGGAGGCUUUUUCAUAAAACUAGGCUCUGCUGGUAGUAAGGAGGCCAGUUUGGAGGCAGGCGUUGAGCUGUGCACAUCUCCCCACUCCAGCCACCUUCUCCAUACCCAUCUUUUAUUUCAUUUUUCCACUUGGCUGAGCCAUCCAGAGCCUUUUCAAUGUAUAAAAUGGAAUAUUCUUACCUCAAUUCCUCUGCCUACGAGUCCUGUAUGGCCGGGAUGGACACCUCGAGCCUGGCUUCAGCCUAUGCUGACUUCAGUUCCUGCAGCCAGGCCAGUGGCUUCCAGUAUAACCCGAUAAGGACCACUUUUGGGGCCACGUCCGGCUGCCCGUCCCUCACGCCGGGAUCCUGCAGCCUGGGCACCCUCAGGGACCACCAGAGCAGUCCGUACGCCGCAGUUCCUUACAAACUCUUCACGGACCACGGCGGCCUCAACGAGAAGCGCAAGCAGCGGCGCAUCCGCACCACUUUCACGAGUGCGCAGCUCAAAGAGCUGGAGAGGGUCUUCGCGGAGACGCACUACCCUGACAUCUACACCCGGGAGGAGCUAGCGCUGAAGAUCGACCUCACCGAGGCGCGAGUCCAGGUGUGGUUCCAGAACCGCCGCGCCAAGUUCCGCAAGCAAGAGCGCGCGGCAGCGGCUGCAGCGGCCGCAGCCAAGAACGGCUCUUCGGGAAAGAAGUCUGACUCCUCCCGGGACGACGAGAGCAAAGAGGCCAAGAGCACCGAUCCGGACAGCACUGGGGGCCCAGGCCCCAACCCCAACCCGACUCCCAGCUGCGGGGCGAGUGGCGGCGGCGGCGGCGGCGGCCCCAGCCCCGCCGGAGCCCCGGGGGCGGCGGGACCAGGGGGUCCCGGAGGCGAGCCGGGCAAGAGCGGUGCAGCGGCGGCGGCGGCGGCAGCGGCGGCGGCAGCAGCGGCGGCGGCGGCGGCAGCGGCCGGAGGCCUGGCUGCGGCCGGGGGCCCUGGACAAGGCUGGGCUCCGGGCCCCGGCCCCAUCACCUCCAUCCCGGAUUCGCUCGGGGGUCCCUUCGCCAGCGUCCUGUCUUCGCUCCAAAGACCCAACGGUGCCAAAGCCGCCUUAGUGAAGAGCAGUAUGUUCUGAUCUGGGAUCUGCAGCGGCGGCGGCGGCGGGCGAGGCGGGUCCCCGCGGGCGAGUGGGUGAGCCGGGUAGGCCCAAGGCUAUUGUCGCUGCUGCCGUGGCUUUUCCCUGGAGAGCCUAAAGUAAUCGCGAUAAGAAUAAAGAGAAAACGGCGUCGCCCCCAUUUCAAGCCCACUCCUACUCCCUCCCUUCACCCCCAGACAAAACGAAACACCUCCCUGGCUUCGCACCUGCCUCGGGGCCGCGCGCACCGGCCAGGGGGCCCCGCUUGCUGCCCGGGAGGUGUGAGCGACGCGGCCUGGACUCGGGGAGGGGGGUGGAAUCUCAGGGGGCUAUGUCUGCGUGUCGGUGUGUGUCUCGGGGAGUGUGUGUCUGUGGCCCGAGCAGGUGACAGGGAGAAAGACGGCUGGGAGGCCACAACCAACUCAGUGACUUGCUUAG